GUUCGUUCAGACGCACGGAAGAAGAACAGAGACAGGAAAUCAACACACGAAAGCAUCACCACAUAUAACCCUGAUAUCUAGACACGUAGCCGUGCCCACCCGCUGCUGACAUCAAAGCAGACUUACAAUGCUGCCAAUUUUCAUCUUCAUCAUGGGUAUGGCUGUGGCACCUGUCACAGCCAUGAACCAGACAACGCCAGACCUAUUUAAUAAUGUUCCAGACAACACCUCUGACAGCGACAAUUCCACUUCGACGUUCAAUGAGCCCUUCACCAUCCCCACCACCGAUAUGGGCCCCACAGCUGGCUUAACUACGGCUGCUACCAUGAACUCCACCAUCACCAACAGCACCUCAACAACACAGAGUAAAGGUGAAGUCUCUCAGGGAGUCUCUCAGGCUCCGCUGUCCACGGCCACACGCUCCACUUCUACUCCUUCUGCCGCAAAACCUACUCCUUCUACCACCAGCAAAGCCCCCCAACUCAAAACCACCGCCGCAAAGUCAUUGACGGGGGGAGGUAACAGCACUGGGCUCGUCAUCCUAAUUGUGAUCAUUAUUGUAGCUGUUGGAUUUGCAAUUGCUUGUUUUGUGGCACGGAAGAGAGGAAGGCGCUACUCUGUUGAUUUUACUUCCAGACCAGAUGAAGCCAACAUCCCUCUCAGCACAGUGGACCCUGAUUUGCCUCUCGAUGAUGGGCCUCAAAACGGUAUGCAAACUUUUGAAAGUAAAGAAACUGCAGAAAAAGAGCCAGAAGAACAAGUUCAGGAGGAGCAAAAAGCUGAGGCCGAUAAAUCUGAGGCCAGCGCCGAGACUGCAGCUCCGCCGCCGCCGCCAGACGGCUCCGAGGACAAGCCCAAAGAGGACGUCGUUGAGCAGAGCCCAUCUCCUCCCGCGGAGCCCAGCGUAGAGGAGAAAAGCGACGAAGGCGCCGCCUCCAACAAGACCUCAGUGGAGUCGCUGAAGGAGACAAACGAGAACAACAGCAACAAUGUCGACUUCAGCUGGAUGAGAGAUGCGAGCAUCGUCUUCUGGGAGGUUCCUCUCGACUCUCCGGUGUGAGACACUGUCGUCACCUCGUAGCCGCGCUGUUCCCCAGAAACUCGGAUUCAGUUCAGCGUUUUCUGCCAAACUCUUAAAUCCUCCCUGGAAUGCCGAGUCUUUCAGCAGCCAGGUUUCACUGCGGUGACUUACUGGUCUCCCCCAGAUCCCUAUCUUUCCCCGUGGCUCAGCUCAGAACAGCUUUAUAAACUAAGAUCGACUUGGAAGUCUUACCUGCAACCUGAGCCCCAGCCGUCACUUUUCUGGUCUUAAGCCAAUCCUCCUUUACAUUGGAUGCAAUUAAGAUGAACUCGGGUCAAACUUAAAACUGGAAAGUUUGAGAACAGAACACGUCUUUGAAAGAUAACGUCCCACUGCACGUGAACACUGAAAAGAGCAGAAAUGGAGAAUUGUGUAUUUACUUAGAUAUUUGGAUUCAUCCAGUCGUCCUCGUCCUGUCACCCCCAGGGACUGCACAGGUUUCUGCAGACACUUAGUGCAGUGUAAAUCACAUCAAUAGAUGCAGAGCAGCAUUAUGUCAGUUAUCCUUUCUUUCAAACAGAUGUUUCUCCAGAGAGGUCAAAGGUCAUGGCAAAGGCCACGUAAAUUUGGCCAAAGCAGAAAAAGCAGGUGAUUGCAAAACACGUGACUGUUGUUCUCAUUGUUCUUUGUCU